CACAAACCCAUAAUCCUCUGCAUCCAACAACCUGGAGCAGGAGCAAACCGAUGACAUCCGCUCAUUACCGUCGAGACCCUAACUUCUGUUUGACACCGUCAUUCUGUAGCCGGUUUCUACCACGAGUUAUCGGCCCCUAAUUGGGCACGGACAGGCAGAGCACCGUCCUUUGAGCGACUCUGCUCUACGCCAGUUUGGUCGCUCAAAUUCGCCGACGAGCUCGGCAUUCAGAUCGCCCCGGUUCAUUUCACAACCUCAACUGAAUCGUUUUGUCGCUCGCUCAGCCGGACAACAUGGCCACCCCAGCCGGGCCAGGGUCCAGAGAGUUUCAGUCGAUGAGCAGGCAAGACCAGACCUUGCUCCUCUUCGCCCGCCUAAUGGAGGGUGGCAAAGAAGAUGAGGAGACGGUAGCCGACCUGGGCAAGCUGACACAGCUCCUUAACGAGGACGUGGAGCUAGUCAAAAAGGGCGAGGCGUCUGUCACGUCCGUCAUCGACGGCGACUGCGUCGACACCAUUGUUUGCUACCUCGAUAUGAGACAACCCGAUAUCGUGAGAGGUCGCGCGACGCUCUGCGUCUCCGCUUAUCUCAAGGCUGCGGGGGACGAGGGCAACAAAAAGCUGUCCGAGUUCUUCCACGCCAGGUGCCAGCGGGGCACCUACGAUGACUACAUUGUUGCCUUCUGCGUUGCUGCCACCAUUUUUCCGAUUGUUCCCGACCUAACCUCGGAAUUGUUCCUCACAGAAGGCUUCCUGCCCAGUCUUGGUCCGCUUAUGAGGCGGAAAUGGAAGAGCAGGAAGGUCGAAACGGCGUGCCUGGAGAUGUUGAACGCGGCAUGCAUGCAUCAGCAUUGCCGCGAGGCUGUCCAGAAGUACUGCGCCGAUUGGCUCGAGGAAAUCGUGGAUCAGGACCCCGAAGAUGCUGUUAGAACCAUGCAUGCUGCCGAUCCUGAUGUCAACGUCCAGGAAGGGUCAAUAUCCAUGAGGCGACACUCGCAGCAUGUUCAGAACCUCGCCGCCGUGGUCUUAGCGAAGCUCAGGUCAAAUAAGGGGCCCGAGCCUAAAAUACAAUCGGCGACAACUAGUAUCGAGGAUUUGGCUAAGCGGUUCACGAAGCUUCUGGUCGAGGAUCCAGAACACGUACAGUCUUCGGUGGAAGGGCUGGCCUAUGCGUCUCUCCGGUCAAAGGUGAAGGAGGAGUUGGCCCACGAUACGGAGACGCUGCAACGCCUCGUCAAAACACUGGAAUCCGCGCCCCCGAAGUCGCCCCUGAUGUAUGGCGCUCUGAGCGUCUUCGUCAAUCUCACAAAGUAUCAGCCCUUUGAGACGGAGGAACAAAAGAAGCUUAAGGAGCUCAAGGCAUAUGCCAACGCGGCAGGAAAGCUGCAGCCAGAUCCCUUGAACGAUGAUGCCCAUGUCGCGGAGCGCUGUAAGCGUGUCUUUGCGGCCGGCAUCACGCCCGCGCUUGUCACACGCAGCAAGGACGGGUCCGUCGCAUCUCUUUCCCUCAUCAUCUCUAUCGUAUUUUCGCUCUCCGUGACGACCGGGCUCCGUGGGCAACUUGCUCAACAAGGCGCCACCCGUCUCCUGAUGGCCGCUUGGGCGGCUCUACCGGAGAAAGAAGACAAAGGUCGCCGCAUGGCAGCCCAAGCACUAGCCCGGAUCCUGAUCUCGACCGACCCAGCCCUUGUCUUUCGCCAAACCCCGCAAAGCAAUGCUGUCCGGCCUCUUGCGUCUAUCAUCACUCCCGACCCUCAUGCCGAAACGCGCGAUCUCCUUCCGACCUUCGAGGCCCUCCUGGCCCUGACAAACCUCGCAUCGACGGAUGACGACACCCGACAAAGCAUUGCGCGCACCGCCUGGGAUGACAUCGAAGAGCAGCUUUUCAGCACCAACACCCGCGUCUGCACAGCCGCCGCCGAGCUCGUCUGUAACAUCGUCCAGAGCCCCGAGGUGGCCAUGUCCCUCUUCGGCGACGGCUCGCACAAGGCCGCGAACCGGAUCAAGGUCGUGGUGGCUCUUGCCGACGCCGAGGACGUCAAGACGCGCAGCGCGGCGGGCGGCGCGCUGGCCAGCCUGACGGCCUUCGACGUCGUGGUGCGCGGCAUCCUCGCCCAGCCGCGCGCCGCGAAGAUCAUUCUCGAUCUCUGCCGCGACGACGAGGAGGGCCUGCGCCACCGCGGCGCUGUCGUCGUCCGCAACAUGGUCUUCCAGGAGGGCGACGUCGGCCAGCAGGCGAAAGCCAAGCUGCGGGACGAAGGCGUCGUGGCCGCGCUGACGGAGUGCGCCAAGAAGAGCAGGUCGCCUGAGGUGAUACAGCUCGUUGUGCAGACCCUGGAAGUGUUUGCUUAA